AGGAAGUACAAGGCAACAAAAGGGGAAGGGAUAGCGGAGCUGCUAGUUCCUAAACCGGCCCUUCUUGCGUUCCGCUCACGUUGCCAUGGGUGUUUUCAUUUGCAGAUGAAUAUAGAGUGGUGCGGAUUUGUAGUACAGUUCUACGUCGGCUCGAUUCUAUUGAAGCCGCCGUUUAUGCUGAUUCUAUAAAACCGUACUGGGCCCAUUGAUGCAGAGCUAACGGUUAUCCAAAACAGAAUUCUUUGGCAUACUAACAAAAGAGCUUUGAGUGCAGGAAUGAGGUUUUACCAGACCUGCAAGCUACCUGGAAGAAUUAUGGGGAUCCGGCUACUUCACUUCUCUUCUGUAGUGAUUCUUUUGUUACUCCUGGUGGCAGGUGCAUUAACUGCUUUGCUGCCUAAUAUCAAGGAAGACAAAAUGCUCAGUUUGAGAAGGGAAAGAAAAUCCCAAGGCCAGUUUUCUUUGGAUUCGUUUACUCUCAUUAUGCAAACAUACAAUAGGACUGAUUUGCUCUUGAAGCUUUUAAAUCAUUAUCAAGCCAUCCCCCAUUUGCACAAAGUGAUUGUCGUAUGGAAUAACGUUGGGGAGAAGGCACCAGAAGAAACAUGGAAUUCCCUGGGACCUCACCCUGUCCCAGUUGUUUUCAAAGUGCAAACUGUGAAUCGCAUGAGGAACAGACUUCAGGUUUUCCCUGAGCUGGAAACAAAAGCUGUUUUAAUGAUGGAUGAUGAUACCCUAGUUAGUGCCUAUGACCUAGUUUUCGCUUUCUCCAUUUGGCAGCAAUUUCCAGAUCAAAUAGUAGGAUUUGUUCCUCGAAAGCACAUUCCCAGCUCUUCGGAUAUAUAUAGCUAUGGAAGCUUUGAACUGCAGAGCCCUGGUAUUGGAAAUGGCGACCAAUACUCGAUGGUUCUAAUAGGAGCAGCCUUCUUCAACAGUGAAUACCUAGAAUUCUUUCAAAAACAACCUGAAGCUGUGCACGCGAUGAUAGAUGAGACUCAAAAUUGUGAUGAUAUUGCCAUGAAUUUCUUAGUGGCCAAACAUACUGGAAAGCCUUCGGGCCUGUUUGUGAAGCCAGUAGACAUCAGGAAUUUAGAAAAAGAAAGUAGUAGUGGCUAUUCUGGAAUGUGGCAUCGGGCAGAACACUUGCUCCAGAGAUCUUACUGCCUUAAUAAAUUGGUUAAUAUCUAUGGCACCAUGCCCUUAAAAUACUCUAACAUGAUGAUUUCUCAGUUUGGUUUCCCGAACUAUGCUAAUCAUAAGAAUAAAAUGUAAGAAUGCACUACAAAGAAAAGCUUCAACAUGCUUCCCAGCAAGUAAAAAUGGCAAGCUAAGUAGAGAAGUAAAUAUCGAAGGGAUCUGUGUAGGCUCCACAUUACUUGGAGCUUGUCUCUGCAAAGGCUCUUUGGAGAUGUGAGAUCAGAGUGAAGCGUUCCACCUCUGUGCUCAGCAUGCAACAGCUUUUUCAGUUGGCUUUAUCAUGUUAUCCCCAUUUCCGUGUAGCAAAUACGAAACCACUUGCAUGAGACAGUGUCCCACAAAUGCAGGUGCAUUCACAUGAUCAGUGCUGCUAAUAAGUCUACAACAAAAGGUUGCAAGCCCACCACAAUGUUUACUGGCCCAACUGUCCAUAUAUCUAAUCUAUGUUAGUCAUUUGUGAUCUAAAAGAACAGAAGAACCAGUUUUUACUAAGUCUCCAUGGUUGGUAUUGUAAAGUCAGUUCUUAACUCAUCCCAGAGAACCUGGCAAGUACUAUAGUUGUUUACAAGUCUGCACAUGACACUUCAUUCAUAUAGUACAAAUUGCUCUCCAAUUCCAUCCAUAGGUGUGUGGAAUGAAUAUUUUUUUCCAGGGAACCUUUUCCUGUUUAGCUUUCACUUGCAGGAAAAACUGUUCUUCAUCCUGCAAAAUAACAAGCAACUAUUUUAACCAUGUUUAACAAGGCCAAAUAUUCAAAGUAAAUACACACAUAGUUUGGCUUGUGCACAUGUGAGGAAUUUGCCCUUCCCUUCCUUGAAUAUAUAUCUUGAGGUGGUUUUAUGGCACUUCUCAGACCAAGGGCUACAGGGAAUUGUCUGCCAAGUUUUCUGAUUCUGGCAUAACUAUAAAACUUCUCCAAGUUUGUAUAACUUGUUCUUUCCUUUCUGUUCUUCAGUCUGAAGUGUCCCUGUGUCUCCAGUCAAAGUGAGUGAUUAGGUCUAAAAUGCAGUUUCAACCUUUGUUCUUGUUACAAAAGUCUAUGAAGCUUGUCACACCAGGCUUCUUAGGGAUCCUUGCAUGGAAAACGUAAAGCAAGACAUGGAGAAAGCAACUUUCAAGUGAUAGUGGAAGCAGGGCAGAAAAACUUCCAUUGUCUCUUUCUUCUGAGUAUUCAAGGGCUGCAGCCCUGUAUCCAGUUAUGCAUUCCCUAUUGAAGCAAAGGUCUGGAAUCCAGAGAGCUCUACUGUGCACAUUCCACACCUCCAUAGCCAGGAUCUGUGCAUGUGUGGAUUUUCAUAGCAACAGCCCCAUUCUGAAAAUAUACAAGCCACAUUUUGAUCUCCCCUCGGUUUGAAUGCGAUUUGCUGUUCAGAGGGGAUCUGUUGGAGCACGAAUUUAAAUGGAAACAUCUAGCUAUGUAGGUAUGGUUCUCUUGGCUUAACCAGCAGGAUUAAGCAUACAUAAUUCUGGAGGACUGAAGCCUGUGUCUGCCAUGUAUCCGCUACACUGACAACAAAGUUCAGAAUAUUAAACUGUGAGUUAAUGUCUAGAUCUGGCUUGCAAAACGUGCAUCCCCAGGAAAUAUGCUACACAUCAGCCAUGCAGGCUGCAAAAACAAGGACUUGAAUCAAGUAUCUGGCAGGCGACAUUCAACCUAGAGUUCAACCGUACUUCUUUAUUUGGCAUCAUGAAUGUGCAUUUGUUCAGCUUCAUUCAGAUAUCUGAAAUCAGUGGCCAAUUGCCACUUUCAGGGGAAAAAAUAUUAAUUAUUUAAUUUAUUAGAAUUGGAGCUUUGCUACCCUGUAUGUUAAGGUGCCAUAUUUCCUACUUAUAUUCAUUUGACUAAACUUUUAUGUCUGAAUUUUGUAUUUCUGUUCCUGAAAUUCCUGAAUUCUGUUCAAGAAAUGAAUCAAAUGUGUUAUGUUGAAAAUAUAAUAGUGGCAAGUGCCGAUGUCUGCCUAGUUCAGUUGUGUGAUUCAGAAUGUCCCCCCCUCCCCCGGUUUGUUUAGUUCUUGUUUGGUUUUUGCUCUUUGAUAUCACUAUGCCGUGUGGUGUGUUUUCUUCAUCAUUUUCAAACAGAAAAGCUAAUAAAGAUAUACGAUUAUGACAAUUAAA